AUGGCGCCGAAAGCAAGGAACGAGGGUUGCGAGAGUGCAAGAGUACAAGAGAGAAGGACAACCAGAGAUAAACAGCCAGCCUGCACUCCCAUGAAGGCCAAAUCUGUGUACCUCACUGGGAAACUCAUAUGUGGCGGGACAAGCGUGUCGAGGAGCAUGCGCGUAACGCCACAGUUGACUGCAAUUGUGCACCCCAAGUGGAUCAGGGGAGGGCGAUCGCGGCCGCAGGAGGCAACUAGGGAGCGAUGGUUUCACUCUAGCAGAGUCUUGGGUCAUGACGUGCGGAAGAUUAAGGAUGUUGCUCGUGAGGACGCCAAGGGCGAGGAGGGCAAGCCGGACGACGAGGCCAACCACCGAGAGGCGCUCAACGUGACGUACCUUGGACUCGGGAAGAACAUUGUGUUGUGCGUCGGGAAAGGCGUUUUCGGCGUCACCGCCAACUCCUCGGCUCUCAUAGCCGACGCCAUUCACUCGCUCUCCGACAUGGUCGCUGACCUUGUCGCCCUCGCCACCCUCAAAGUUGCACAUCUUCCAGCAGACAAGAAAUACCCCUACGGGCACGGCAAGUUCGAGUCCAUCGGGGCCCUGUGUGUGUCGAGCAUGCUUGUUGCUGCUGGCGGUGGGCUUGCCUAUCACUCUGUCGAGCUGCUGCAGGCGGUGGAGGGAGCAGCGGUACCCACGGCUGCAGCGCUGUGGAUCAGCAUGGCGGCGAUCGGGCUCAACGAGGCUCUGUUCCACAUCACGCUCAAGGCUGGCAACCGAGCAAGAAGUCAGACAGUGAUAGCCAACGCCUGGCAUCAUCGAUCAGACGCCUUGUCUUCUGUGGUUGCCAUGGUCGGUAUUGGCGCAGCCAUGUCCGGCUAUCCCAUCAUGGACCCGAUCGCUGCUGGAGUCGUUGGACUCAUGAUAGCAAAGACCGGAGGAGAGAUGGUCCUUCAGAGCGUGCGGGAACUCACUGACGCCAACGAGGAGGAUUUCAUUGAGGCUCUGGCAGAGACCAUAGGAGCAGUUCCAGGUGUCUCGAGGAUUCAAGCUGUCCGCCAUCGCCGUAUGGGUCCUUAUCACAUCGUCGAUGCUCAGAUCGAAGUUCAGUGCGAGUUGUCUGUGUCUGCUGCGUCCCAGGUCGCUGACUCGGCUCGAGCUGCAGUGAAGCGCGAAAUGCCGGAGGUUGUUUUGCAGGCUCUGCUCGCACGACUGACCUGA